CCGAGGAAAGCUUAGAAGUUCACCAUGGGUAAGGUUCACGGAUCUUUGGCUCGUGCUGGUAAGGUGAGAGGGCAAACCCCUAAAGUUGCCAAGCAGGACAAGAAGAAGAAGCCCAGAGGACGUGCUCACAAGCGCAUGCAAUACAACCGCCGAUUCGUCACUGCCGUGAUUGGCUUUGGCAAGAAGAGGGGACCCAAUUCUUCCGAGAAGUAAGGUAGCGGUUUCUCAAAGAUGACACCUCUUUAGGUUAUUAUGGAGGCAUCGUUUUUUUGGGUUUUUGACCAUUUGUUAUUGAGUUUUCAUGUUAUUUUUAAAGACCCAUUUACUUUGUUACUGGAUUAUGCUUUAAUUAAAUUAGAAGUAAUGUGAAUUCGUUUUUUAUUUAAAAUUGUUAAACAUGUGACACUAAAGGUCUUUAUUAAGAUAAAAGAUUUUGGAGA